AUGCCUCACAAAGCGAAUCCCAUUGAUUUUGAGAACAGCGAAAGCAAUUUAGGCGUGGCUAAUGGAGGAAUUGGGAAGCUUCAGGUCAACGAAGCUCGCUUGAGCGAAGUUUUGAACCAGUGCUGGGAGGUACUUGCUGAACCAAUACAAACGGUUAUGCGAAGAUACAAUGUUCCCGAGCCUUAUGAGAAGUUAAAAGAGCUGACUAGAGGGAAAGCAAUUACCAAAGAAAGCUCAGGAGACUUCAUUGAAGGCUUAAAUAUUCCUAAAUGCAAAGACCUAUCUCUUAAGUUAACGCCGCAUACUUACGUUGGAACCGCCGUUGAACUGGCCAGAACUGUAGAACGCGAGGUGGAUCGUGGAGGAGACCGGAACAAGGAGGAAGAAAAGGGGUCCAGCGGCGGCGGCCAUGGCACAACGUUUCCUUAG